AUGGACCGCAUUCAUGUCCUGCCCCAGAACAUCCCCUUUGUACACCGUUCGGGCUGCCAAGUGCAGCGCUGCAGGGGGUCAGGUGGGUCAGAAUUUACGGCGUUUUGCAGCGGGAAGCGCGAGCUGCGCCCACCUGCCGUCGUCGACUUAAUAACACCGACACCGGCUCCCCAGGACGGUCGCCUGUUGCAUAGUCUACGCAGCAUAGAAAAUGCGGAGAGGGUCAUCGUCCGGCACUGCCAGUGGUCUGUCGACGCUACGACUUGCAUCCCUCGACAAGGACGAUCCCAAGACACGCCGUGA